AUGCAAAUUUCAAAGAUGGCGGCGGAGGGAGGAGGGAAGGAGAUGAACGAAAUUAAAACUCAGUUCACCACCCGAGAAGGCGCGUACAAACUCCUCACUCACUCCGAGUACAGCCGCCCUAACCGGGUGCCUUUCAAUUCGCAGGGUUCGAACCCCGUCAAAGUGUCUUUCGUGAACGUCAACGACCAGUCGGGUAACGGCGACAGGAUCUGCUUCAAUGUGGGCCGGGAGCUUUACUUCUACAUCUAUAAAGGAGUCCGGAAGGCUGCUGACUUAAGUAAACCAAUAGACAAGAGGAUAUACAAAGGAACACAACCCACCUGCCAUGACUUUAACCACCUCACUGCCACGGCCGAGAGCGUCUCGCUGCUCGUGGGCUUCUCGGCCGGACAGGUGCAGCUCAUCGACCCCAUCAAGAAAGAGACGAGCAAGCUCUUCAAUGAAGAGAGACUCAUAGACAAAUCCAGAGUGACGUGUGUGAAAUGGGUUCCCGGCUCCGAGAGCCUCUUCCUCGUCGCCCAUUCCAGCGGGAACAUGUACCUGUACAACGUGGAGCACGCGUGUGGCACCACGGCGCCGCACUACCAGCUGCUCAAGCAGGGCGAGAGCUACACCGUGCACACGUGCAAGAGCAAGUCGACGCGCAACCCUCUGCUGAAGUGGACUGUAGGCGAGGGCGCGCUGAACGAGUUCGCCUUUUCGCCCGACGGCAAGUUCGUGGCGUGCGCGAGCCAGGACGGCUUCUUGCGCGUGUUCCACUUCGACGGGGCCGAGCUGCACGGGACCAUGCGCAGCUACUUCGGCGGCCUGCUGUGUGUGUGCUGGAGCCCGGACGGCCGAUACGUGGUGGCGGGCGGCGAGGACGACCUGGUGACGGUCUGGUCGUUCGGCGAGCGGCGAGUAGUGGCACGUGGGCACGGCCACAAGUCCUGGGUGAGCGUGGUGGCCUUUGACCACUACACCACCAGCGUAGAGGAGAGCGAGCCUAACGAGUUCAGCGGCAGCGACGACGACCUGCAGGAGCAGGCACUCACGGGUCGCGAGCGCACCAACAGCACGCACUCGCGCCUCUCCAAGAGAAACUCCACAGACGGACGGCCGCUCAGCGUCACCUACCGUUUCGGAUCUGUAGGACAGGACACUCAGCUGUGCCUGUGGGACUUGACGGAGGACAUUUUGUUCCCACAUUUACCCCUGUCCCGCACCAGGACGCACACGAACGUCAUGAACGCCACAAGUCUGCCCGUCUCGGGGAACGGCGGAGGAGGGGGGAACGGCGGAGGAGGGGAAAGCGGCGGCGGCGGCGGAGGAGGAGGAGGUGGCGGGACGAUAAUCACGAGCGUCAACAACCCCAGUGCCAACGGAAGCAGCAGCAGCGGCAACAACAGCGGUGGCAACACGCCGGGCAACUCGGCGCCCGCGCCCUUACCGCGCUCCAACAGCCUGCCGCACUCCGCCGCCUCCAGCGGCAACGCCAACAGCAAGAGCGGGACGAUGGACAGCGCCAACGCCGUGGUCAGCAAGUUCGCCACGCUGGCGCUGCACGAGCGGAAGGAGCGGCACCACGAGAAGGAGCACAAGCGCAACCACAGCAUGGGCCACAUCAGCAGCAAGAGCAGCGACAAGCUGCACCUGCUGGCCAAGACGGGCAGAACCGACGCAGCCAAGACGCUGGGCACGCAGCUGUGCCCGCGCAUGGAGGACGUGCCGCUGCUCGAGCCGCUCAUCUGCAAGAAGAUAGCGCACGAGAGGCUGACCGUACUUAUCUUUCUAGAGGACUGCAUAGUCACGGCGUGUCAGGAGGGCUUUAUUUGCACGUGGGCCAGACCCGGGAAAGUGGGUUUGUCGUCAUCCCAAAAUCAAGCCAACUCUCCGAGUGGAACAGUAGUAUAGCCACAAUGUUUCUGCUGCUAAGAAGCGUGCAUCAGACCCAAACGUCACGCUCAGAGCCCCGUGCUGCUCUUCACGUUCCCACCUUCUGUUCUUUUUCUUUCUUUUCCUUCACAUUUUGCGUUUUCCGUUUCUUGGCCUCUCACGUGGUCUCUUGCACUGUGGACACGCCGAUACUGUGCACAAAUCGUCACCGCGUGGUGGAGUGACGACGGGACUGCGAUCGUACCGGUGGCGAGAUUUCUUUCCUUUUUUUUUUUUUUUUAAAGCUGUGUAUUUAUUUUUCCUCAGUUUCUUUCCCUGUUGAUUUUCCUUUUGGGAUUCUGGAGCGUGACGACAGUGAGAAAAUCCAAUCGGAUAAAGCAGGGGUUAACGAGAAUCAAAAUCAAAGUAACUUUGCUUCCAUUUAAAUUCCUCUUCCCCGAGGUUUCUGUUCUUUUUCAUAUGGAAUAGAUUCUCCCCGUUAAGGACUUUGCACUGAUUUUAUUUUGGUUUCUCAGUUUUUGUAAUUACUCUAAAGGAUUUAACAAUAGAAUGAUUCGGGGAUGGCCUUGACGCACUCGGCUUUAAUAUCCUCUGUCUUGAAAUUUGAACCUGAAAAGCUGGAUGCUGCAAUCGUAGUUUUUGUUUCUUUUUUUUUUUUUUUUUUAAAGAAAUUGUUUGCACUUAAUAGUUUAUUAGAAGAGAAUGGCUUUACAUUUUUGUGUGCAAGGACUCACAGGCCGGUCUAUGGUGGAGAAAUAUGAAAUGAUUAAAAAAAAACUUUGUAUCUAUUGAGCAUUUAUUUUAAUAUUGUUUCAGAUUAAAAUCAGCUUUGUAUUAUAUGUAUAAUAUUGUAAUUCAGUGAUUAAUGAGGCAAAAGCAAAUGAUCAGUACUACUCUAGUGGACGUUUUGUCAUUCUUAAAGGAAAUAGUGAUAUUUCUAGAGCGGAGAAAUAUACAUAUUGAUAAUAUAAAAAAUGACAUAUGCAGAUUUCUGCUAUUUUUCCCCCCUUUUAUUUCUUGUAUAAACUUUGUCCAGAUGUAUUUUGAUAUAGGAGAUUUAUGUGUCGAAAGGCUCGAGAGUCUUUGAGCAGACGUGUUAAAUGUUAUGAAUUCACGAUUGCGUUCUUGUCGCCGAGCGGAGCAGAACUCUUAACGUACGAAGCUCAGGAAGUCUGGCAGACCUAAACAAUUCCAACAAGACCACAAGAGUUCGUGUUUUGCUUAGCAGCACUCGCAGCAGCGACGCUAUUUCCCAUAACGCUAAUAACCCCCGCCCAUUAGGAAUCCAGAAUCAAUCCAGUAGGUUCGGAGCUUAUUAGUACAUCCUCACUAUGUGAUCACAGUUAACGUUUUAAUGUACUUUUGUGACUACCAGUCAUUGUUAAUGCACCGUACAGUGAAUUAACACUAACCGGGAAGAGCAAGCAGGCUACAGUGCUCAUUAUUUUAUGUUGUUAACAUUUUACAGUUCACGUUUUGUUCUUCAUUAAAAAAAACGUUCAUGGA